GUUAUUUAUCUUGCAUUUGCCCCAUUGUACCCGGCUUCAUUUGGAAGAAUGGCAAUUCAUCCACUUGCAAUCUCCUCUUCACGCUCGUUCGAUGAUAUCUUGUCGAGAUGUGCUGAGGAACACAAGAUUCUGUUGGCCGACUUUUAUGCCGAUUGGUGUGCUCCAUGUCAAAGGUCUGCCCCACACGUGCAGUUACUAUGCGAGGAGUUCACUUCCAGAGGAGUUGUGUUCGUGAAAAUAAAUGCUGACCAAUGCAAAGACUUGUGCCUAAAUGAAUUUGUCACAGGCCUACCCACAUUUAAGUUGUACAGGAACAGGGAAUGUCAAGCAACUAUCGUUGGUGCUGAUUUAUUGAAGUUGCGUUCGCUACUGGAGAAGUAUUCCUUGCACCCUUUUACUAUACAGCUAGGCUUAUGUACAGAUGUUGUUCUAAAAUCGCAUGCUCGUGAUUAUCUUAUCAAACUUCUCAACGAUAUUGCUUCUGGCCAAAUAUGCCAACCUCUUUCCGUUGAAACUGGGGAUCUCAGUUUGUUGAUUGGGAAGAUCAAAGGAUUCGAGGAUUUCUUGAUCUCGAUUGGGUUAAAGAAAAAUGGCUCAGUUUUGGAACUGAACGCACACGCCCUGGAUAAAGAAUUUAUACGUGUCUUAUUGGACCAACUAAAAGCACUUAACACGACGGACAUCUCAACUUCAGCGACUCGGCCCAGUGAUAGCUCUAGUGCUACGCCUACGUUUCAAGCCGAACCUUCGGACACGGGACAAUUGCGGGGUGCAGCCAGAAUCCCCUUCUCUGCGCGCCAUAACAAUGAUCCUUUGUAUACGCGGUUGACGUCAUAUCGAUCAACGGUGGUUUUGUAUUUGGAUCCAGAAGCGCAGGCCAUGGCAAACUCACUCAUUCCCACCGAAGAGCUAAUUGCGAAAGCCGCACACAAAUCCAACUGCUCGCCCUCAGAUGUGAUUCCCCGAGUUUUCCUUCGCCAACUUCUCCGAUGGUUCAAGGAGGAGUUUUUCCGUUGGGCUGACGAGUUCAAGUGUGAAACAUGCAACUCUCGUAUGACUGCGUGUGGCUUUGUGACGCCAAAUCAGACGGAACGCGAGGGCGCCGCUAGCAGUGUGGAGUUAUACAAAUGUACUGGAGAUGCGACCCAUCCAUCCUACAGGUUUCCACGUCUGAACGACCCAAAAGCGCUCCUUCACACACGUUUGGGUCGGUGCGGCGAGUGGGCCAAUUGUUUGGCUUUAUGCCUAGUGUCUGUCCGCCGUCCCCCCGAGGCUGGUGGACAACCUUGGUUUCCCGCAUGCCGGUUGGUAGUUUGCUGGACCGACCAUGUGUGGUGUGAAGUCUGGCUAGAAGACGAGAUACAUCCUGGCCGUUAUCGCUGGGUUCAUUGCGAUCCAGGUGGUGAAAUCGAUCAGCCUCUGUUGUACGAAAGUGGCUGGGGCAAGAAGCUAGACUAUGUGUUCGCGUACACCGUUCCCCCGCCAGUAUUCGACUUCGAUUCACCGGAUUCCAUCCACGCAGUCGACGUCCAAGACGUCGUCUGGCGGUACACUCGCAAUUUUAGUGAAAUUUUGUCACGUCGAACCGCAGUGGAUGAACAAACUCUAACUCGUUAUUUGACUUCCAUGCACUUGGAUGCAAUCUCUCUGUGGGACUCUCAGGCAAACGAUAUACGCGCAUCGUUGGGUGACGCGCACCCUUUCACUCUUUGCCACAUAUGGGCAGAAUUAGCCUCUUUUCUUACUCCGCCAAAGGCUCCGGAGCAUCGAUUACCCGGACGCCAGACAGGUUCGCUGGAGUGGCGCAGAGCUCGUGGAGAACUGGGCGCAGACGAUGGUGUCGCGCUUCAACCUGUUUGGAGGGGAUCUAAUAAACCCAUGGUGCCAACCAAAUCCGAAUUGGCUAAGGGCUUGUUCUAUCUACGCUACAACUCGGCUCUCGAUAUCUACGAAAGACCUUUCGCCUCCGACGAACAGUCACCCACUUCUAAGGAAACCGAGGAAUUGGUAACGUACGCUGUUGCGAAUGGUCUCAAAGGCUGGCAAUCCGCUGCGGCUCGCUGGAAGAACAUCGAUCGAAAAGUGGAACACGAUUGGCACAUGAUCUAUCUCGCCCGAGAAGACGACAGUUCGGCCGACCAAGAUGGCUCGAUUGAGUGGUGGCUUCACGUAGCUGAAGAAGACUACGAGAUCGGGAAGGUAUCGUUGUUUGCCAACAUGGCCUGUCACUCACCCGAAGCUGCGGCUCACCUGCUCCUAUGCUCCGGCUUCAGUGAAUGCGAUCAAAGCGAAGAACGCGUUGGUGACUUGGAUACCGGUCGAUGUGUACGGUUCGCUCCGGGUUCUAGUCCACUCUUCGAACUGGUCGAUUUCAUGGGCGAAAAGCAGCUUUGUUUAAAGGGCCGAUUGUGGACCAGAGAGUUGUAUGGGAAGAACCCAAGCCCGCUGGCAUGGCAACACGCACAGCUGUUCCGUCAAAAGGACACUGAUCGUGCCAUAUGGUCGUUGGAGUGGAAAGUGGAGUUGGUCAAAAAAUUACCCAAGCAGGAUGAACCAUGAACCGUGACCUAUAUGUUCUGUCUUUCUCAGACCGAUCGCCCUUCAAAAUUUGCUGUGAUUCUCAACCGACUAUCUUUAUCUCCCAUCAAAAUAUCCAUUCUGCAUCCUUCUUCUCUCGUUACCUUCUGUGGGUUACGUGAGACGUUAAUCCCUACUGAGCUGUGUGUCCGAUCGUGUCUUGUUUGUCAAUUUUCGCUUUCUUUUCACUUCAACUGCACAUACCGCCUUUUGCAAACGGAAAAACUGAAUGAUAGCUUUCUUUCAUGCUUCACGUUCUUCCAGGAUACCUAGUCCUUAAAUUGCAACUGUCUCCACCUCAUUCUUGUGGUCCACGCGUCAUCUACCAGUUUACCACACGAGAAAUGGCUACCUAAAGUUUACACCAGAAAGCAGACAAUUUUCGUCGGUACGAUGUGAUGGCGAACUGUCCUUUCCCAUCUGAUGGAAGAUCCUUAUCAAGUGUUUGUUUGCGACGUGGAUUUGCGAAUUGCCUAUACUUUUCAUUGUUUCAUCGACAUGACCCGGUUUUCUUACUAGUUACUGUUUAUCCUAACUGAUUUUGUUUUUCUUCCUAAUAAAUCUCAUGUGCCA